ACCUUAUAUUACGAGAUUAAAGUCGUAAUAUUACGAGAAAAAAGACGUAAUAUUACGAGAAUAAUCUCGUAAUAUUACGAGAAAAAAAAGACGUAAUAUUACGAGAAAAAAUACGUAAUAUAACAAGAAAAAAAGUCAUAAUAUUACGAGAAUAAUGUCGUAAUAUUACGAGAAAAAAGACGUAAUAUUAAAAAAAAAUCUAGUAUUUUGAGGGAAAAGUAGGUGAAGUAGUUAGUUGCAGAGGGCUGCCUGUUUAGAAGCCAGGACAGAAAUGAGCCUUUUCCGCUCAUGAGUUGUCAUGAGGCCUGCUGUGUUUACCAUCAAUUAAGAGGUAGGUAUAUUUCUAACCUGCUGCUUGAUGCUCUUUUGUUACAGUUAACUAAGACAGUGUCCAGAUUUUACUGUGCUGGCAUCGCCACCGGUAGCCUAGGUCUUUUACAUGGCGCGAAUGCAGAGCUCAGCAGGUUAGCUGGAGUGGGGUCUACGGUAACCUGCUGUUAAGCCACAUCAUUUCAGGUUGCAUGAUGGCAGAGACACUUACUGAAGUUAUUACCUUUUUGAGGCAGAGAGGCGUCUCAGAAGAAGUCAUUGAAUUAAUGGAAAAGCAAAAGAUUGACAGAGAUGUCAUCAUUCUAAUGGAAGAUGCAGAACUGGCCGAUUACCUCCCCUCAUAUGGAGACCGAAUUGCUUUGUUCAAUUUUUGCAGGCGGAAGACAACCUCCUCAAAACGAAAGUUGGGUCUUUUUGAAAAACUGAGGGAAAAACUCAAAGUUAGGAAGGAAAAAGACCAAGGUGAGGAGGAGCCACAAAGUUCAAACAAAGUGCAUCGAGCAAAAAAGUCAAAACGCAUGGUUGAAAUCGGAUGGGUUCACACGGACAGUAAUAUCACAAAACAGAUCAGAGCAAAACAAGGUGGAGGAACAAGAAAAGUGCCAAUGAAUGUUCAGUCAGGCUUCAGUGACAUACUGAAAGAAGGAAAGGCCUUAUUUUUUCCAGAUGGCAAGUCUAGCAAAGGUCACGAAUCCAACUUUGACUUUGAUGUUUGGGACUUCAAGCAAAAUCCCCUUCCCAAGGAUAAUUCUGUUGAAAUGAUAUAUAAUACUGUCAAACUCCCCAUCCUGCGCUUUUACAUAGCAACUCAACCCAAAGCAGUGCUGAAUGAAGAGUCUGUCAAAAACUGUGACCAAGCUAGUGCCCUUUUAGAGUCUGAUCAAUUGACACAUAGUGAUAGACUAAGGUCCACACCAGAGAGAGAUGUGCAAGAUCAAAGAGGAGGAUCUGAAGAUUCAUUCCCAGAGGUGUUUUUUGUUUCUGAGCAAAUUGAGGCCACACAAUCCUCAGUGAAUACACACUUACAUGCUAGCACUGAUCAUGUUGCAAACACAUUUGUUGAUGACAUCAGGGAUCCCAUUACUUUGUCUGUGGAACUAGAAUAUUCUGUCGAAGAAACCGUUUCACAUGCCAUUAGAGCAGAUGUGUAUGACCCUGAGAUCUCUUUUGGUGCACAACAAAUAGUUGACAAUGAUUCUCUCAGUGACACAUUGCCCUAUCAGCCUGAAGAGUUACCUCACAGCUCCCCUCAAGCCUAG